AUAAGGGAUAGCAGAAGCCAGAUGCCUUCAGUAUUAUUCCAUAUUUUUACUGAUGCCUUGGUUGAUUACUGAAACACUGCUAAGAUGCAUCAAAAACUCCUGAAGAGUGCUCAUUACAUUGAGCUGGGAAGCUACCAGUACUGGCCCGUUCUGGUGCCUCGAGGAAUUCGGCUGUAUACCUAUGAACAGAUUCCAGUGUUCCUUAAAGAUAAUCCUUACAUCACUGAUGGCUACAGAGCAUACUUGCCUUCCAGGCUGUGCAUUAAAAGCCUGUUCAUUUUAUCCAAUGAAACAGUCAACAUUUGGAGUCACUUACUCGGCUUUUUCCUCUUCUUUACUUUGGGCAUAUACGACAUGACUUCUGUGUUGCCUUCAGCGAGUGCCUCUAGAGAAGAUUUUGUUAUCUGUUCUAUUUGUCUCUUCUGUUUUCAAGUCUGUAUGCUUUGCUCAGUAGGGUACCACCUCUUCUGCUGUCAUCGCUCAGAGAAGACAAGUCGACGUUGGAUGGCCUUGGAUUAUGCAGGGAUUUCCAUUGGUAUCCUGGGCUGUUAUGUGUCUGGAGUCUUUUAUGCAUUUUAUUGCAAUAACUACUGGCGUCAAGUAUAUUUGAUUACUGUCCUUGCUAUGAUCUUGGCAGUGUUUUUUGCUCAGAUCCACCCAAGUUACCUCACUCAGCAGUGGCACAGGCUGCGCUCACUCAUCUUCUGCUCUGUGUCAAUUUAUGGAAUUAUUCCUACCAUCCACUGGAUUUGGCUUAAUGGUGGUGUCACUGCAUCAAUUGUGCAGGAAUUUGCCCCCCGUGUAAUUGUGAUGUACUUCAUAGCUGCCAUAGCAUUUCUAUUCUAUAUUUCCAAAGUCCCAGAAAGAUACUUCCCAGGGCAGUUAAACUACCUCGGCUCAAGCCACCAAGUGUGGCACAUCCUUGCAGUGGUGAUGUUAUAUUGGUGGCAUCAGUCUACUGUGUACAUCAUGCAGUACAGACACAGCAAACCUUGUCCAAGCCACCGUGCACGCUAGCACACAAAGAAAUUCACUGCUCUUCUGAGAUUGUGGUGAUGAACGUCUUUGGUUGUAUGCUCACUUCUGGAGUAUUACCAUAAGUGACUGUUCCCUUGGAAUUCUUGCUGUUUGGGGUGGUAUGUUAACAGGCAUUCCUAAGACCAUUAGAGGUCUCCAGCAGCCAAGUAAGUUUCUCUUAAUUUGAGGACAAUGAAAAAAGCUGCAGCGGAUCACCCUGUAUCCGGGUACUGUAACUAAACCAUAUAAAAAUUACUUUCAGAUUUGUAUACGUAUCUGAUAUACAAACAGUAAUAAAACAUUUGCCUGGGAAACUUUAAUUUUAAUCAUCUCGGGGGGGGGGAUGCAUGUAUGUGAAGUCCCUGCUGUAAAUUUUCAUUCUGGGAUCUCCGCUUGGAAUAUGAAAAUCCACGUAGCCUGAUGUAACUUUUUAACAUGUUCUGUGUCUUUGCACUGAUGUUUGCUGUUGUAAAACUUUUAGCUAUGGAUUUGAUGGAUUUUUACUGGACUUGUUUACCUGUUCAAUUUACUUGCUGUAACUUUUUUCCAGUGGUAAUUUAACAUGGUAAUCUUUGAAAGAAGUGUUGGACUUAGUACUUUUAACAUGUUCAUUGUUAUUAGUCAACAAUGCAGCACCUUGUAGUUUAAACAGAUGCCCCUCGAGUUUUAGGUUUAACAUGUAUAAAUACCAAGGUUUGUUUGUUUUAAGAUAACUAUAGGGAGAAUCAGCACUCAAUAAACAUGUUUGCUCUUUGUUGACUAUGAAGAAUUGCUCUGAGCUAUCACAUAGCAGGAUGAUACUUCCCUAUUGCCAAAUGCAGAGUAGUUGUUUGUGCCUAGGAAGCCACUCUCUGUUCUUUCUGGCCUUUGAGAAAAUCAGUUCUUUUAGUUGUGUCUGGCCAGUAAUGCUGGCAUUACCAGGUUUUGUGAGCAAGUGCAUAUUAAGACGUUACAUAGAAGCUUGAAGUAAUAGUACUUAAUAUGCAAAAUUUUGAGCCAGGAUGCUGUGCCCAUUAUAUUUUGAACCAGAGGAGAAAGUUAUCAGUCUUGCUUUCUGUAUUCCUUUUUAAAAAUCAGUUUUUGAACCCUUAAUUGAUAAGCUAAAAUGACU